AUGUCUGUCUCCGCCCACGUCUUGAGGUGUGAGCCUUCCAGCAUUUCCUUCUCUGCCGACGACGAACUACCGAACUUCGAUGAUGAAGUCACACGGGCUUCGUUGACGGCCGCAGCCCAUCAAAUCAAGUCCGCUCAGGCUAUAGGUUUCCCAACGGAAACCGUCUACGGCCUGGGGGCCCUUGCUCUCGAUGCAAGCGCAGCAGCUCGCAUCUUCUCUACCAAAGGUCGGCCUGCAGACAAUCCCCUCAUCGUCCAUGUCUCGUCGCAACGCAUGCUUCGGAGCCUCCUUCCGCCGACGUACGCUCCAUCUCGGUCGUAUGAGGUCCUCAUGAAGCGUUUUUGGCCCGGCGCACUAACCCUCCUGUUCCCAUCCGACCCCUCCACUGUACCACAAAUCGUCACCGCCAAUCAUCCCACCGUCGCGAUACGAAUGCCCUCCCAUCCUGUGGCCCGAGCGCUCAUCGCUCUUGUUGAUGCACCGAUCGCCGCACCCAGCGCCAACUCUUCUGGCAAGCCGAGUCCGACGCGCGCCGAGCAUGUUUUCAAGGACUUGGGUAGCAAGCUAUCACUCAUCUUAGACGGGGGAUCAUGCACAGUAGGCCUAGAGAGUACUGUGGUAGAUGGGCUGAACGAGGAUGGCAAUAUCCGUGUGCUGAGACCUGGAGGUGUCACCGUGGAGGAUAUCGAGGGAGCAUUGAGGGAGGAGAUCGGUGAGGGCAGCAAGGUUCCAAGAGUUUUGGUGCACAAGAGGGACUUCCAGGAUGCUGCUAUGGAGGCAACACCAACGACACCUGGGAUGAAAUACCGUCAUUAUUCACCAUCGGUCCCCGUCACUCUCCUUUAUACCUCUACCUCUCCUCCCCCUGGCACGGCGUCCACUACGCUUAGCGACCUCUUUGCAUCUCUCAAGACAACGCAUGCUCAACGGCCCGUGAAAGUUGGGUUAUUGGUGCCAUCGGACUCGAGAAUUCUCUUGCAAACAGACGAAGUAUCCGGUUUAGAGUUUACAGUCUUCUACCUUGGUGCGGUAUCAGACCCUGCUGUAACAGCGCACCGUCUGUUCGAUGGUCUUCUCACAUUAGAAGAGAGAGGGUCUGACAUUAUUCUUGUCGAAGCAAUCUUAGAGGAGAAGGAGGGCCUGGCCGUGAUGAACCGAGUUAAAAAGGCAGCAAGCGAGUCUCAAUGGAUCAAUUUCUGAGCCGGACUAUUCUGCCGAUGUAUCGAUACUAUAUUCCGUAUUCUGUGAGCCUUAGCUAAACAUAUACACAUUUCGUAACUAAUGUAGAGAGAUACUUAUAGAUCCAUAUUACCACUGUU